GCCGACACUGCGUUUACGUCACGAGGACGCCCAGGCAGAGAGUAUUUGAUUGGGGAGCAGUCAGUCCGCUCUUGUGACAAGGAGCUGAAGGUGUGAUAACAGAGGGCUGAAGGAAGGGCUGGUUUAUUUGAACCAUGGAUUAUUACCGUGUGCUCGGCGUUGUUUUAUUUUCUCUUCUGGCUUACACUAAUGCCGAGCAGGUGAAAUAUGCCGACUGUGGCUCAACAGAAGGAAAAGUUUCUGAGGUUAACAUCCAGCCCUGCCCAUCACAGCCAUGCCAGCUUCACAAGGGACAGUCCUACACAGUCAAUGUAACCUUCACCAGCAGUGUUGCCAGUCAGAACUGCACAGCUGUGGUUCACGGAGUGGUCUCUGGGAUCCCCGUCCCCUUCCAUAUUCCUCAAUCAGAUGGGUGCAAGUCUGGAAUCCAGUGUCCUAUCGAGCCACAAAAAGUUUACAGCUACGUCAACCAGUUGCCUGUCAAGACCGGGUAUCCAGCAAUAAAACUGGUGGUGGAAUGGGAAUUAAUAGAUGACUUCAGCAAAGACUUAUUUUGCAUCAAGUUCCCUGUUCAGAUUGUGAACUGAAGGCCAACAGUGAACCCAAGACACUUUCAAAGGGAUACAAUUAAGAACCGAGGCAUCUGGAUGUGUGCCUAAACACUUUUCUAUAGACCUUUUAUAUGUAAUAUUGGUAUGAUUUAUUCAAUUUUUUUUUCUAACCAUGACACAUUUAGUCAUUUUAAUGUAUGGUCUUUAAUUAUGCACACAGUGUCCCUCUAAAGAAGUUGCCUAAUCCUAGUUUGUUUCUAAAAUUGUAUUAAUGAUUCACCAGAACGAGACUCUAACAAGCAAACCGUGGUCCGUUCCGGUGAUUAAAUCAAUUGUGCACGAACUGCUUUGUGGCUAGACCGAUGUUUGGAUGGGUCUAUUCAGAGUUUCUUUAAACCAAUUGCUUGUGAACUUUUUACUUUCAUUUUAAAUCUGCAUAUUUAAUAAAGAUUGCAUCUUAAAAUAAGCUUUUUUUUCUUUUAAGAUCUGUAAAUCUGGCGACAAGCAAAAAGCCACAUUUGACAUGUAGCUAUGUAUGUUAAUGUCUGAAUUAAAUAAACUAUUUUUAU